AUGGAGCAGUGCGAGAGCGCAGCAGCUCUGCUGGAGUCGGUCAGGGAGCAGGAGGUGCAGUUUGAACAGCUGACCAGGGCGUUGGAAGAGGAGCGGAGGAGAGUGGGCCUCUCUGCCACUAGCCCUUCGGCGCUGGGUCGUCCCCUCCCUCACGCACAGAACGGGCGUUUGGGGGAUGCGGACAUUGAACGACUGAAAUUGACAGACUCUUACAUAAACGGCACACAGUACAGAAUGGUGGACCCAGCACACGGCGCUCUUGAUGAGAGCUACACACCAGAGGAUGACUCCCACGAAGCACAUUCUGUCUUUUCUGAAGAAGGCACCACACGCCGGCUAGAUAAUGGGAUGAAGAAACCCAUCUCACGCACAGUCCUUCCAAAUGAUUCCAUGUCCAUCAAUGGAGGCAUGUCAGUGUCUGGUAUGAGCGGUUACAGCGCCACACUGGACCGUCCGUACAGACAAGCGGGAGGGGACUACCCCACUGCCACAGUGCCAAGAAACUACCACUACGGCCCCGUAGGAGGUUAUGAUGACUACCGAGGAGGACCGCCAUCUGAGGCAUACACAAGCUUGAGCAGAGGCUCGCAUAUGGAUGAUCGUUACAGGCCAAUUGAUGGAUAUAGAACUCUGGAUUCUGGAUACCGGGCUCCGAGCCGCCAGCAGAUGGACCCCUACGCAGCACAGCCCCAGGUGGGCAGGGGAAUAAGGGCCAUGGGCUCGGCAAUGGACAUGCGAUACGGCCACGGACACUACGGUUUGGAAGAUGACCAGCGAAGUGCAGGCUAUGACGAGUACGGCAUGGGUCCUCCUCCCAUGCACCCUGGAGGUUACGGCACCAUGCCGAGGCUGGGUCCUGGCCCUGGUGGUAUGGACAGGCGAAGACUCAGAAGCUGUGAAGAUACUCUGGAUGGUGAUAUGGGAGGAGUUGAUCCAUAUACUUGGGGGGUUCCCAUGACCCUCGACAGAGGGAGCAUGGCUUCAUUAGACAGCACCCUGAGGAAAGGUCCUCCCUCCUCAUGGAGACAACCGGAGCUGCCAGAGGUGAUCGCCAUGCUGAACUACCGCCUUGAUCCCGUCAAAAUCAACGCUGCCGCAUUCCUCCAGCACCUCACAUUUAAAAAUGAUAAGGUUAAGUCGGAGGUGCGGCGCCUUAAGGGUAUCCCAGCCUUAGUGUCACUGCUGGACCACCCCAGCAAAGAUGUGCACCACUCGGCCUGCGGAGCUCUAAAGAAUAUUUCUUAUGGAAGAGAUUCAGACAAUAAGAUUGCUAUCAAGAACUGUGAUGGAGUGCCAGCGUUGAUCCGAUUAUUGAGAAAGACCCACGACCAGGACCUCACUGACACAAUCACAGGCACCCUGUGGAAUCUCUCAUCCCACGAUUCUGUGAAGAUGGAGAUCGUGGACCACGCCCUGCAUGCUCUGGCAGACGAGGUGAUAGUGCCGCACUCAGGCUGGGAGCGAGGCAGCAACAGCAGAGAAGAAAGCUGCAAACCACGGCAUCUGGAGUGGGAGACCGCCUUGACCAACACUGCUGGCUGCUUACGAAAUGUGAGUUCAGAGCGCAGCGAGGCAAGGAGGAAGCUGAGAGAGUGCACAGGAUUGGUGGAUUCGCUCAUGUACGUCGUGCAGUCCCAGAUCAGCCGCAAUGACGUGGACAAUAAGUUAGUGGAGAACUGCAUGUGCCUCUUAAGGAAUCUAUCCUAUCAGGUCCAUCGCGAGGUCCCCAGCUGUGAACGCUAUGCAGAGACCGCACCCAUUAACCAAGGCCCUUCGCCUGGCUCCAACAAGGGUGGCUGUUUUGGCUCCCGAAAGGGCAAAGAUGAGUGGUUUUCCAAAGGAAAGAAAGAUGGAGAUGACGGAAGUGCAGACCAAGUUGAUAUUCCAAAGAGAACAGUACCUGCCAAAGGAUAUGAGCUGUUAUUCCAACCAGAGGUAGUUCGAAUUUACACGUCGCUGCUCAAAGAGAGCAAGAACCCUUCGGUGCUGGAAGCAGCUGCUGGGGCCAUCCAGAACCUAUGUGCGGGCCGAUGGACUUAUGGUCGUUACAUCCGAGCCACUGUGCGUCUGGAGAAGGGUCUUCCCAUGAUUGCUGAACUGUUGGGUCACGGAAAUGACCGUGUGGUGCGGGCCAUGUCUGGAGCCUUGAGGAACCUUGCCAUCGACAACAGGAAUUGCGAACUUCUCGGUUUGCAUGCCGUACCCCACCUUGUAGCGAACCUGCCUGGUGGCCAGAACCAGUCAACUCGCAACCUGUCAGAGGAGACGGUGGUGUCUGUGCUCAGUACGCUGACUGAGGUGCUCGGCAGCAGCUUGGAGGCGGCGAAGACCCUCCGGGCCUCGCAAGGCAUCGAGAGGCUCGUCCUCAUUAAUAAAGAUGGUAAGCGGUCUGACCGUGAGGUCCGAGGGGCUGGCCAGGUGCUGCAGCUGGUGUGGGCCCACAAGGAGCUGCGUCGGCCACUGGAGAAAGAUGGCUGGAAGAAGACUGACUUCCAGGUCAACCUAAACCCCGGCACCACCAACGGCCCGAGCACUCGUGCCAACGGCACUUACGGGGACAGUACCACACCACUGCUGGACAGAGGAGAAAAACGAAACAUGAUUCCACUAAAUGACCUCGGCUCUGAGGCAUACUCAACACUGGACCAGAGGGAGCGGAGACACACUCUCGACGACACCACAGAGUCUCUACCGAGAGGGGUGUAUGGGGGAAGAAAGGGCUCCCUGCCUCUGUUGGACUCCUAUGAUGAAAAACUGAUCGUGUGCAUCACCCAAACUGGGCCAUCCCUGCCUGACCAUUGCUACUGA